ACAACUAUUCAUAUGCGAGAGUGUCGACUUGGUCUCGGACCGAGAGCACGCUUCGACAAAGAACAAUCACUUUUACGAUAGAAAGUUCAGCCGCGGCGACGUAUGGGGUGCUUCCGAAGCCGAGGCCCACCGUCGGAUCGGAACGGUGGUGGAAAUCCUCCACAACCCGGGGAUCGGCAUGCUGGGUCACGGUUAUCGAGUACCACUGUAACCAAUUUCUACCCCGCCUCGGUGGCAAGACAUGUAGAUUGGCAAAGCUAUUUUCGACAUUGAAGAACACUAUUUCGAAUUCCCAGCCUUGCCAACCCGGACCCUACAUUGCAUGCCU